CCCAGUUAUCAUUUCAGUGAAAUAAUUUCACAGCAGAAAGAAACGUACAUGAAGUUUCCAAGCCGAGUGUUGAAAAAAUUUUAAUUGAACGUUCUUCAAUUUCAUUCAAGAUAAAAAAUAAAGGUGACGAUAGAAUGUUGGUCAACAUUUAUCUCAGAACAGGGCCGCCCGUAUAUGUAAAGAAGAUGCUCGACUGGUCCAGGAUAAUCGAUGAGUUGGAAGUUUUGCACGAUAAAAUUAUGACCGUUGACAUCGAGCUCACUUGGAUGGAGGCGAUUGAGAAAACUUUUAACGGGUUUAUAAUUGAUGCAAACAAGUAUUACGUCCGCAGAGUGAGAGGUCGUUUUGGCGAACCUCCACAUUGUUUGAAAGAACCUAUUUCAAUUCUCAUGUCGGAGUUUAAUAGGAUUAGCACAGGAAAGAAAAAGUAUGCUGUGCAGAUAAUGAGUUUUGACGAGAAGGUCCCAUUGUCCAGUGUGGAGGGAGGCGUCCGUGAAGAUUUGAGCUAUCGAGACUGUGGAGCUAAACGCCAGCGGACCAGCCGCGUACGCGAAUGUGUGGUGAAUGAUAACCGUGCUGGUGAAAGAAACCUCGAAGAAACAAUUUCAUGGGUAAGACGCCCACAUGAUGAGGAAAUCACUGGAAAUGGUAACACAGCUAUCAGUGAGACGAUAACGAAUCAACAGGAUCAAGGCACUACUCAAGUCAGCAUAGUACGACCUACUCUUCCUCCUGUGCCCUUCCAUCAAAAUGCGCAAACAGCUUUGCCAGUACCAGCUCCACAGGCAGCUCCACCGGCAGCUCCACCGGCAGCUCCACCUCCACAACAAGACAAAAAUCGAAGAUUUGAUGCGGAGGAAUUCAAAGACAAAUUCUUGGAACGUGCGAAAAUGACUAUAACGAAUUCACAGCUGCUCAAGGCUCGUCAUGCUCUCCUUCAAUUGAAAGCCUCUAGCAAUAAAGAAGGUAAUACAAAGUGGUCCAAAUGGGUUUUAACGUCACCAGAACCGACCAACCUUCUCCGCGUAUUGUUUGACGUUUAGUCAAAAGUAGAUAGUUUUCGGAUGAGUCGAAGUUAACUACGUUAACUUGCUCAAAUAUUUAAGGUGCUAUGAUCAACUGCAUCUGAAUAUAUGUCAUGACAUUAUGGGGGAGAAUACCACCGUGCAAUCAUGGAAUCAAAGUGACGAAUAUUAUGUUUUCAUGAUUUUGCUUUGACUCCAGUAGACACGGAACACUUGGCGAAUGUAAAUCUUGAGGUUUUCUUAUCUUUAAAAUGUCAUUUCUGUGCCAUUUGCUUCCAUUUAUGAUGAACCAGUACUGCUAGUAGUUUAUACUUACAUAUAAAUUAACAACCGUGUAGUACGCAUGUGCGUAUUUUUUAACUACGGAACAAAUAAUAAUGCAUAUGUACAAUGUAAUAUUAAUAAGACAUGAGUGUAUUGUUUA